AUGACCAGCGGAAAUUUCACCUUGGUGACUGAAUUUGUUCUGUUGGGAUUAACGGAUCACCCAGAGCUUCAGCCCAUCCUCUUUGUGCUGUUCCUGGUGAUCUACUUGAUCACCGUGGGAGGGAACCUUGGGAUGAUGGUGUUGAUCAGAAUAGAUUCACGCCUCCACACCCCCAUGUACUUCUUUCUUGCCAGUUUGUCCUGCUUGGAUUUAUGCUACUCUACUAACGUGACUCCCAAAAUGUUGGUGAACUUCUUAUCAGAGACGAAAACCAUCUCCUAUGCUGCUUGUUUAGUCCAGUGUUAUUUUUUCAUUUCCAUGGUGAUUACUGAAUACUAUAUGCUAGCUGUAAUGGCCUAUGAUAGGUACAUGGCCAUCUGUAACCCUUUGCUUUACAGCAGCAAGAUGUCCAAAAGAGCCUGCAUUCGCCUGAUUGCUGGUCCAUAUGUCUACGGGUUCCUCAGUGGCCUGAUGGAAACCAUGUGGACAUACCGCUUGACCUUCUGCGGCUCCAAUAUCAUUAACCACUUCUAUUGUGCUGACCCACCACUCAUCCGACUUUCCUGCUCUGACACUUUCAUUAAGGAAACUUCCAUGUUUGUGGUAGCAGGAUUUAACCUCUCCAACUCCCUCCUCAUAAUCCUCAUCUCGUAUAUCUUCAUUCUCAUUGCCAUCUUGAGGAUGCGUUCUGAUGAAGGCAGGCGCAAGGCUUUUUCCACCUGUGGAUCCCACCUGGUGGCCGUGACUGUAUUUUACGGGACCCUAUUCUGCAUGUAUGUUAGACCUCCCACAGACAAGUCAGUGGAGCAGUCCAAAAUAAUUGCUGUUUUCUAUACCUUUGUAAGCCCUAUGCUGAACCCCAUGAUUUAUAGUCUGAGGAACAAGGAUGUGAAACAAGCUUUUCGAAAACUGAUCAGAAGAAAUGUGCUUUCAAAGUAA